AUGGGUGUGCCUGUAUCGGUGGGCUACAUUGUGCUGGGCCUGCUGCUGGGUGCGCUUCUGCGCCCAUUUGAUUUGCAAAGCACCGAUUUUGACAGUGUCUUUGCGGCGCUGGGCAGCCUUGGAGUGGUCGCUUUGCUGUUUCGCGUUGGGCUCCGGAGUCAUACCAGCGCGCUGCUGGAGAAAUUACCUGCCGCCAGUCUGAUCUGGAUCUCGAAUGUGGUGGGUAGCUUGUUAGUUGGGUUUGUGGUGGCACAUUUUGUGCUCUCCUGGUCCGUUGAAACCAGCCUGAUUAUUGCUGUGGCGUUCAGUGCUACCAGCGUCGCUGUUUCUGUAGCGGUCUGGGAUGAGACGGGGAAACUUGCCAGCAGUGAAGGCCAGAUGUUAGUCGACGUGGCGGAGCUGGAUGACCUGUCUGCGGCGAUAUUGCUUGCCGUUCUGAUCGGUGUUCUGCCUGCAAUGCUGGUUGGGCAAGUUGAUAUCUGGUCCCAGGUUGGAUCUGCGUCACUGAUUAUUUUCGGCAAGCUUGCGGUGUUCAUGUCAGGUUGUUACCUGUUUGCGUUCUUUCUCGAAAAGCGGUUUACCAGUUUUAACGCGCGGCUCAGUGAGUCUGAGUCGAUUAUGACGAUUUCUAUUCUCGGUGCUGGCCUGGCAAUUGCGGCACUGGCGGAUGCCUUAGGGUUUUCAUUAGCCAUUGGUGCCUUGUUUGCUGGGUUGGCAUUCAGCCGGGAUCCUAAUGCUGUGCGUACAGACGGGCGUUUCAGCUAUAUCUAUGAUCUGUUAACACCAUUUUUCUUUAUACACAUUGGUAUGCAAACGGACGUAGGUGCGCUUUUCACCGCGCUGGAUAUCGGGCUUGUGCUUUUUGUUGCGGCGGCGGGUAUAAAGGUUGUGAGCACAGCACUCCCCGCUUUGCUGUCCAUGAAUCGGACCCACGCACUGAUGCUUGGUUUAAGUAUGGUGCCGCGCGCCGAAAUUGCGCUGGUGGUGAUGUACACCUGUAGCGCUAUCGACCCUGCGCUCGUGCCUGACGAUGUGUUUGCCAGUAUGGUACUGGUCUCACUGGCGACCUGUAUUGUUGCGCCGGUGAUGUUAAGAAAGAUGAUGUCUGAUUAG